UGAGCUGUGGCAGUAACAAUGGCUUCAGUUCAGUAUCUGAGAGAGUUUAUCAACGAGCGACUAACUGCUGCUGCUGAACAAAUAUUCUUGGAGUUUGAAAAAACGAUCGUCCAGUACGAGGAAGAGAUCGACCGUCAGCGCAGACUGCUGGAUAUCACCUGGAAACCCCAAAUCAAGCUGCACAGGACAGAACUCCCACAGCAGCCUGUCUGUAAGGACGAGGUGGUUCUCCCUGAGCAGCAGCUCUGGAACCAGGAGAGGAACUCUCUGCACCAGGGGGAACCAGAACUUCCACAUAUUAAAGAGGAACAGGAGGAAGUCUGCACUAGUCAGGAGGGUGAGCAGGUUGGACUCAAGGAGGAGACUGAUACCUUUAUGGUGACUGCUGCUGAGGAAAGAGACCACCAUGACCCAGAAGCAAACAGUAACCAGCUCCCUUCUCAAACCUGUCCUAUAGAUGAGAGCCAAAAUCGCGGAGGAAGCAGGAAUUUAGACACGGGGACAAAUAGUAACUUAGAAAGUCAGAGUAAUUGUGACACAGGUAAAGAGUCUUUAACAUGUAAUCUUUGUGGAAAAUCCUUUAAGAAUAAGUACAAAAUGAGUCAACAUCACAGAAUCCACACAGGUGAGAAGCCAUAUUCUUGUGAAACGUGUGGGAAAAAGUUUUGUCUGUCAUCAACACUUAAAAGCCAUAAGACUACCCAUACAGGUGAGAAACCGUAUUCUUGUAAAAUAUGUGGCAAAAGUUUCACACGAAGCAGUGGUGUGACCAUACACAUGAGAAUGCACACAGGUGAGAGACCAUACCAUUGUAAAUCAUGCGGGAAAAUGUUCACAUCUAGCAGUCAUUUAUCGGCACACAGAAGAUCGCACACAGGUGAGACCGUGUCAUUGUGCCACAUGAAAACUCACACAGGUGAGAAGUCGUAGUCUUGAAACAUUUAGAGAACAAUGUCCAAGAAGCCAAGCUUGAAAGAAGAUCUGAGAAUUUAUACAGGUUCACAGGAGAACUUUCAGAGUUUAAAUACCUUUAAGCUGUGUUCCAAAAUCAUCAUUUAUUGCAUGUUUAUUAUGUAUAAAGCAGAUUUAAUCCUGUAAGACCAAUCCGUCACAAAAUACCCAGAC